GAAUGUAGCAAGUAAUCCUUCGGAAUAAAACCGGCAGUUGAGUAACUCAUGCAAAGGUGCGAAUUCCCUCCGGUGGUCCCAAGUUCUGGCUCCCAGGCCCUCUGUAUGAGUGACGCCUCAGUCUGCCAUGGAACCUGGCCCUGCCCUGGCCUGGCUCCUGCUCCUGAGCCUGCUGGCAGAUUGUCUGAAAGCCACCCAGUCAAGAGACUUCACAGUGAAAGACAUUGUCUACCUCCAUCCUUCAACCACACCAUAUCCUGGUGGAUUUAAGUGUUUCACCUGUGAAAAGGCAGCAGACAAUUACGAGUGCAACCGAUGGGCUCCAGACAUCUACUGUCCUCGAGAGACCAGAUACUGCUACACUCAGCAUACAAUGGAAGUCACAGGAAACAGCAUCUCUGUCACCAAACGCUGCGUCCCACUGGAAGAGUGCUUGUCCACUGGCUGCAGAGAUUCUGAACAUGAAGGCCACAAGGUCUGCACUUCCUGUUGCGAAGGAAAUAUCUGUAACUUGCCACUCCCCCGAAAUGAAACUGAUGCCACAUUUGCCACAACGUCACCCAUAAAUCAGACAAAUGGGCACCCACACUUCAUGUCAGUGAUGGUGUCCUGUUUGUGGAUGUGGUUGGGACUCACAUUAUAGCAGCUCCAAGGUGCCAUGUAUAGUAGCAGUCCAUGGAGAUUUCCCUGGUCCAUGGUCCAUGGUCAUUGCAUGAGUCGUUGGCUUGACAAUAGUUAGACAUGUGAAAACAUGACACUCACAGAUGUCUUCACAGCCAAACAUUUCCACCUACCAUGAGGAACAAGCAUUGCUUCAGUGUAGUCAUUCCAAGCCCAAGACCUCAUCAAAGCCAGCCUGCCCCCAAACAAACCCUGAGUCGUAUACGACAAAACUUUCUUUUCACUCCAGGAAAUAAGUCUGCAUUUAUUGAGAUCUGAGGCUCUUAAUUUGGAAUACAUGCAUGAUCCAUAGGGGGUCCUGGGAUCCUCUGAGAUGUUAGAUAAUAUGUUAUACAGACAUGCAUAGAUAUGUGUUCUUCAGGAGAAAGGUGAAGGACCACUGGUUUAAAUAUAAUUAUGAAUUUAUUUAUAGCUUUAGAAUUGUAAAACUUUGAUUCUGAAAUGAAUGGACUAUUUCCUUGGAGAUUCU